CAACCAAAAGGUGCCGCUGCGCUGUGUGCUGGCGCCAUGGCAGGUGGAUAUCCCGGCAAUCCGCAGGUGGAGGAACUCCAAAGGCGUCGUGAGAAGUUGCGACAGGAAAUCAAGGAGGUCGAGGCACGAAUUGCACAGGAAGAGGCUCUCUUGCAACAGUCUGGACAAGAGAAGCUUCUGCACCAUCGUCCCAGUUACUCUUUGCUGAAGGGUGGUGAGGAGGCGAUUCCAUCCACCUUCGUGCGGCAGGUGAGCCCGCAAGACUUUGAUGAGGUGUUGAGGAAUUUUCCACUGCUGGAUGUUGGGCCAAUUGGAUCCUUCAAUCACUGGGACAGACGUGAGUGUGCGGUACAGAACAAGGAUGCCUGGAAGGCCGUGUCUGAGAAAUAUCAGAAGGAGGUGCUGAAGGGCAAUGCCCAGAUUCCCAAGGUCAUCCACCAAAUUUGGAUCGGCCCCAAGGAGCCACCAUGCCUGUGGAUUGAUACCUUUCGCGUGGAGUAUCUGGCGGCGAAUCCUGGCUGGGGCUUUCACCUAUGGAGUGAUGAAGAGGUAGCCAAGCUGCCAAUGAUCAACGAAGAGAUCUACAACAAGGAGAAGAUGUGGCAGUGCAAAGCGGAUAUCCUCCGACUUGAAUUCUUGUGGCACCAUGGGGGCCUCUAUGUGGACGCUGACAUGAUCUCAGUGGAAACGAAACCUUUGGACAAGAUUUUGGAGCUCGGCAAAGAAACCGGAUGGGUCAUUGCCUAUGAGCCAGACACCAAGGACAAACCCUACUCCAUCUUGGGAAACUCCGUGAUUGCAUGCACUCCGCACCAUCCACUGACCUUGAUGUUGAUUCUCUACUUGAAGCAAACCUUCGACCACAAGCGGAAUCACAUUGAUGUUUUUGCAGUGACUGGGCCGGUGAUGUACACGAAAUGCCUAGUGGACAGUGGCAUGCCCAUUUCCAUCGCGCCACAAGAAUGGCUCUACCCUGCCUUUCACUAUGUGCCGAACCCGGAUGCAAUUAACUUUGGAGCCUUCCCCAAGUGCUUGAUGUUUCAGUUUGGCUACACCUGCUCUGGCUUGGAAGGCUAUGUCAAGUCCAAGAAUCGAUGCAAGAAGGCUCGACAGUGCCCCUUUCACUCCAAGAAGGUUUGGCCCUUUGGGCCCUUCAAAGAGCUGCCAAAGCUGGAAGACCUGGAAACCAGGUUUUCUGCGGAUGCCACGGUGCCUAAAGUGAUCCACCAGGUGAUCUUGGGCGGUCUGGACUCCAAUCAUGAUCCUCAGAGAUGGCGUCAAAGCUGGUGGGAUGAUUUCUGCAAGAGUCAUCCUGGGUUUGAAUACAGGACCUGGUCCAAGGAGCAGUUGCAGGGCCGGAAGUGGUUCUGCGCCAAUUUGUACGUGGAGCCCUUCGACGACCAUGCCAUCACCUCCUUGAUGAUGGAGAUCCUCUUCGAGGAAGGCGGCUUCUACGUGCCGCUGUCGACUUUGCAUCAGCCUGGCUAUGGGGAGGAUGCCUUCUUCACUGAAGGCUUCGAAGGAAACUUUGUGGAGGGCAACGGCGGCGUGUUGGGUGCAGGGAAAGGAUCUCCAGAAUGUUUUCAGCGUCUCAUGGAGCUCUAUGAGAAGGGCGCGGUGCCUUCCAUGGCGCCUCCAGGGCCGGAAGGGCCGCGGGUGCUGCAGAUGGGCUUCAGGGAUGGCAUGGUGCUGAAAGCUCGCUAUCCGAACCGCAGCCGCUACCUGGGCGCGCAACAGGUGGUUGCCUUCACUGCUGCGGGCGAUCAACGUUUGGAGUUAGCCACCCUGGGCUUCUCUUACGAGUGUCAGGUUCCGUGCUUCUCUUGCAAGGGAGUGGACGCCAUGCGGGAAGCAGUAGGUGACAUGGGCAUUUCUUCAAAAGCACUUUUCCUGACUGAUCGGGAGUUCUUCCAGAUGGAUCGGCUGCGACAGGAGCUUCCAGGAUUCCUCGAUCAGCUAGGCGUCCAGGGCUGGGAUGCGGUGCUGCUGGGAGUGGAGUGGAACACGGGUCAAGAAGAGGUGGUGAUCUUCCCGGUGGUCCCAGGUGGCCGGCCUCAAAACUGCAAAAUCGCUGGGCUCGUGGUGAACCUGGCAGCCCCACAGAAUGGUGCUGCAUUGCGAAGGGCCUUGCAGCGAGGCAUCACAGAGGAUGGUUUCGAAUUUGCCUCGCUCUUCGAAGCGGCUGGGCAGAUCAAACUGCAAUUCCUGGCUGAGAAGUAUGCAGGCAGCAUGGAGGAGGCACGCAUUUUCCGCUCCAUGCCACUGGUGCACCGCGCCUUCAAAACUUUGGCAGAUCAUGAGCCUCCAAUGCAUUUUGAGCAGCACGAGUUGCACGGAAAUUUGAUGAAAGGCUUUCUCAAUGGCAGCUUGCGCUUCGAGAUGAUUUUGGAACCGAAUGGUGGCAUCAUGUUCCGCUGUUGGAACGAGGACAACUCCACGAACUCCGAGGUGAAGAUGAGCGACUGCAACGUCGAGUGGCUCAAGGUCUAUUUCAACCAUCAGGUUUGCAAAGAAAUCAAAAACGAAGCCCUCCCUUGAGAUCAAGGCC